CAUAUGUAUACAAACAUAAUGUAAAAUCACUUGUCUGAUUGUGAAUCAAAUCACUAUUGUUUUCAUCCUUCACCAAUAUAUAUAAAGUGAACAACGAAUUCACCUUUCAAUAGUUUAUCCUUUAUCAUUCAUAUUAAAGAGUUAUUCAUAUACAUCUAUAUUCAAUAAUAAAGACUUCAAUAUUCAAUUAUUCAUUCAUUAAUACAUUUUAAUUAAUUUUACAAUUCCAUAAUCCAAAAACAAUAAAAGAAUGAAUAAUUCUGUAAUAAAAAAUGCUGAUAUGUCACAUGAAAUGCAAAAACGUGCACUUGCUAUUGGAAUGGAUUCCGUUCGAAAAUAUGAAUUAGAAAAAGAUAUAGCUGAUCAUUUAAAAAAAGAAUUUGAUACAAGAUAUGGUCCAACAUGGCAUUGUAUAGUGGGAAGAAAUUUUGGCAGUUCUGUAACACAUGAACCGGAUAGUUUCAUCUAUUUUUACGUGGAGAAGUAUGCUGUACUACUUUAUAAAUCAGGAUAGAGCUUCACUAUGUUUAACUCACUUAUCAACUUAAUAACAAUGUAACUUAUGUGAAGAAACAAUGUUUGACUUAUAAAUUGUAGGCAACUUUUGUGUUAAAAUGUUAAUUUCUAUUAUUAUUAUUAUUAUUAUUAU